UUUUAGUAGUACUCCAUUUAAAAACAAAAACUCUUCAAAAGCAUUUUUCAUAUUUCACUAUCUUGUGCGAUCUUACAUUGACAUACUAUGGCACUGGCUUCUAUUGAAGCCGAAUCAAUUGAACAAGUUGAUAAUGUUCAUCUUAGAGUUUUGGUUGAUAAAAAAAGGAACAGAGUUGUCUAUGCGGAGGCUGGUAAGGAUUUUGUUGAUGUUCUCUUCAGCUUCUUAACACUGCCUUUAGGUACUAUUGCCAGACUCGUAGCUAAAGAGUCAAACAUUGAAGCUGUUAAAUUUGGCAGCAUUAGUUCACUGCAUAAAAGUGUGUCUGAUCUUGAUCAACAGUUUCUUUCGAAUCAAACUUGCAAAGAAAUGCUACUUAAUCCUAGAAACUCUAUGGAAGCUUAUUGCCACAAGCUCAAACUGAAUAUAGACGACACAGAACCGAUGCAAUACUUCCUGUGCAUGUAUGGGAAUUGUAGAAGGAAGAGUGGUUGCCUUUUGAGUACAUUCAAGAACCAAAAAUGCUAUUGUGGGGAAAUAUUGAACAGGGAAGUAUUUCCUAAUUGUUUUGAUUUAAAAGAUGGUUUUGUAAAGGAGAAUGCAACUUUUAUCAUUUGUGAUGAUCUCUAUGUGAUGCCUAAUGUUUUUGGAGCAAGUCUUCAACUACUUCAAAAGCUUGGAGUUGAUAGUGUGGAUGCAAUUGAAGAACAAACUGUAGUUAUCAACAAGAAAGAGGUACUUGAUCUUCUCAAAUUAUCACUAAUCUCAAAGACCCCUUUGACUGAUUUUAUUUGUAAGAACCAGUCCGUUGAUAAUUCUAACCUAAACAACAAUACUGAGUUUCUGAUUGGAGAGUUAACAUCUGAUGAUGCUAGGCAUAUGUCUGUGAAAGUUACGUUAAGAAAAUCAAAUGAACAAAUUCUGUUUGUUGAAGCUGAGGAUGAUUUUAUUGACUUUCUUAUACAAGAGCUUGUCCGAGUUGAGUCCAGACAUGUAUUUGAUGUCACAUGA